UUUUAGUGAUAACCUCCAAUACAUCCAAUCCUAUUUUAUCUCACGUAAGAAGGUAAAAGAUAAUCACAAAAACAGAAAAACAAAUCUCAAAAAGGUUACUUUUAUCAAAUAUCAAAUCAAAUAAUAAAAAAAGAAAAAAAAAAUCCGUUGCCUCCCCAUUCCUCUCCCUAUAAAAGUACCCCCGGAACCCUAACCCUAACCCAAACCAAACUCAGAUUCCUUCGUUACUUUCUCAUUCCGUCUUGUUCUCUCUCAACAACAACAAUGGGAGAAAAAGGAGAAUCAUCCAAAUCGGCUAUGCUGAAGCAUGCAGAGGAAGAAGAAUUGAAUACAAAAAGAUUGAAAACUGUGGAGGGGGAAGAAUCCAAUAUGGUAGAAGAAACAGAAAACAUUAAGCUGAAAACUUCAGAUGAAAUCAUCUUCGAGGUGGAACCCUCGAUCGUGAAGGAGAUGGUGACGAUACAGACCUUCAUCGAGGACAACAACAACGAAACUUCCAUCCCCAUUCCGCUCCCCAACGUCACCAGUAAUACUCUCCGUCGAAUCCUCGAGUUCAAAGCUCGAGGAUUCGACGAAGAGUUCGUGAAGACGUUGGGCAUGGACGAGGUUUUCGAACUGAUCCUCGCUGCCAACUACCUCAACAUGAAAACCCUCCUGGAUAUCCUGACUAAGAUCAUUGCAGACUUCAUCAAGAAUAAGAGCGUGGAGUUUGUUAGGAAGUUCUUCAACAUCGUCAACGAUUUCACACCCGAGGAAGAAGCCAAGAUUCGUGAAGAAAAUGCCUGGGCCUUUGAGGGAUUUGAGUGCGAUGAUUGAAGAAUAUUUCAAAGCCACUUAGGUUUGGUUUCUUGAUAAUUUGUUAUUAUUUUAAAUUGCAAUAAUUCAGAUCAAGUUCGAGUGAUAGUCUUUGUGGUUUAGAGUCUUGUCCUCAACACCUCGAUUCUGCUUUGUUUGCAGACGCAGUAGGCGUCACUUUUAUUAGAUUUCAGUUGUUUUCAUUUGAAUGAUACAAAAAAAUUGCAAUUAAAUUUUUUGAAAUAUAAUUUUCGGGUUGAAUUA